AUGGAGGACGCUGCUCAAGCUCCUCACCCCUUCCUCUCCUCUUGUGUGUUUCAGAUUAACCUACGUCUCAUCCUGGUCAGUGGGAAGACGAAAGAGUUCCUGUUCUCCCCCAACGCCUCGGCCUCAGACAUCGCCAAACACGUUUACGACAACUGGCCAAUGGACUGGGAGGAGGAACAGGUCAGCAGUCCUAAUAUUCUGAGGCUCAUCUACCAGGGUCGUUUUCUACAUGGAAACGUCACACUAGGAGCUCUCAAAUUACCCUUGGGAAAAUCCACAGUGAUGCAUUUAGUUGCCAGAGAGACAUUGCCCGAGCCAAACUCCCAAGGUCAGAGAAACAGAGAGAAGACUGGAGAGAGUAACUGCUGUGUCAUCCUGUAAAUACCCUCCUCCCUCCCUCUUUAAUCAUCCACCCUGGAUCCAACCAACACACUGGAUGUCCUGUCCUGCAGUCUCUCUAUCAUGCUGACACACACACACACACACACACACACACACACACACACACACACACACACACACACACACACACACACACACACACACACACACACACACACACACGGUCUCCUGUGUAUAGAGAAGUUUCCCCCUCUAUCACUUCUGUCCUUAAAUCUUCCACUAGUUCAUGGAUGGAUAAACUACUGUUUUAUUACCCCACCAAGGUUCCAACCAAUGACUGGAUAACAAACAAACCAACCAACCAACCAACCAACCAACCACCUUGUUGUUGUUUGGCCAUGUUGUUGACUGUGUUUUGACAGUCAGUCCUUUCCUCCUUCUGUCAGAUCGCUCAUCCUUCCUGAACUAGGAGAAGAAAGACAGAAUAUCCCUCCUCCAUCUUCCCUUUUCUCCCUGAACGAGGGGACUAGGAACUAGGGGAAAACAGACAGAAUGUCCCUCCUCCAUCUUCCCUUUUCCCUGAACGAGGGGACUAGGAACUAGGGGAAAAACAGACAGAAUAUCCCUCCUCCAUCUUCUCCCUGAACGAGGGGACUAGGAACUAGGGGAAAGACAGACAGAAUAUCCCUCCUCCAUCUUCUCCCUGAACGAGGGGACUAGGAACUAGGGGAAAGACAGACAGAAUGUCCCUCCUCCAUCUUCCCUUUUCUCCCUGAACGAGGGGACUAGGAACUAGGGGAAAGACAGACAGAAUAUCCCUCCUCCAUCUUCUCCUGAACGAGGGGACUAGGAACUAGGGGAAAGACAGACAGAAUAUCCCUCCUCCAUCUUCUCCCUGAACGAGGGGACUAGGAACUAGGGGAAAGACAGACAGAAUAUCCCUCUUUUCUACGACAAAAAGCGUAGGGUGUCGAUCAAAAACGCCUCUUUUAACCAUUGGGUAAAAUAAUAUAUUAAUUGUGUAGAUAAUCCUCUAAGAAAACCAAUACUCCAUGUCUCUAUGUCUCUGAGCCGUUUAAAGGUUAGUGAUAUACAAAAUCAACAGAGGUCAGAGAAACAACAGGGGUCAAAAAUCCUGAAAAUGUCACAACAUGGUGUCAGCUCGAUGCUGAGAAGGCGGUGGCCCGUUCCUGUAGGUUCAUGCUCUACAACAUAAAGUAAUCCU